AUGGAAAUAUUUUCAAUUCAAAGAAAUUCUGAAUUUGGCAGAUUUGCUAUUGCAUGUCAAGAUUUAAAUGCUGGAGAAUUUUUGAGUGAAGAUUUUCCUUUUGUAAUUGGCCCUAAAGCAAGCACAACAUGUUGCUGCUUAGAGUGUUAUUGUCCAGUUGAUGCAACUUCAUCAGGUUCGCGUUGUGAUGAUUGUUCUUGGCCUCUCUGUCAUGAUUGCCGUAAAUUGAGCGAGCGCCCCUCGCAUAAACGCGAAUGUGAAAUAUUUAAAGCUGCAAAAUGUAAAUUCUAUAACCUAUCGGUUACAAAUGCUAUUUGUAUGCAAUUAGAUUGUAUUACGCCUUUGAGAGUGUUGUUAGAAAAGGAAUUCAAUUCAAUGCGGUGGCAUGAAGAAAUUGAGCCGAUGGAACAUCAUCGAAAUGAACGAUUUGGUUCGCCAACAUGGAAUGCUGAUGAACAAAAUGUUGUUGGUUAUUUAUGUGGUCCUUGCAAGAUGAAACAACGUGGAAUUGAUGGAGAGCUAAUACAACAAGUAAUUGGAAUUCUUGAAGUAAAUACUUUUGAAGGGAAAACUGUUAAAAGCCAUACUAUGCGAUGCUUAUAUCCAAAACUUUCAAUCUUAUCCCAUUCUUGUACCCCAAAUACAACACACUCGAUUCAUCCAUCUUAUGGAAAUAAGUUUACACUUCGAGCAACAAUUCCAAUCAAACAAGGUUCUCAACUUUACACAACUUACGCUUACACUUUAUCAGGAACUGCUGAACGACAACAACAUUUAAAGCAAGGAAAAUUUUUCCAAUGUCAUUGUGAACGUUGCUUAGAUCCAACCGAACUUGGAACAAAUUUUAGUUCUUUAAAAUGUCAAAAGUGCCACUUAGGAUAUUUACUCGCUUCGGAUCCAUUAAAUUCAGAAACGAUUUGGAAAUGCAACAAGUGCGAAUGUGAAGUCACAACGGUAAAUAUUCAAAGUUUGUUGAAGACACUCCAGGAUGAAAUAAAUUCAACAAGAUCGAUCGAAUCAUUAGAAAAUUUAUUGGAGAAGUACAAAACCAUUUUACAUUCGAAUCAUUUCCUCAUGAUUUCUAUAAAGAACUUACUUAUUGACUUGUAUGGUCAUGUGAGAGGUUAUUUGUUAUCAGAACUCCCAGAAUCAUUGUUGAGACGGAAAAUUCAACUAUGCACUGAAGUUUUGCAGAUUCUUGAUGUUUUUGAAAGUGGAAAAUCACGAGCAAGAGGACUAAUGUUGAUCGAAUUGCAUCAACCAAUAACUCUCCAUGCAUCAUGUCAAUAUAAACUCGGAAAAAUUUCCAACAAAGAAUAUUUAAUUGAACUCGAAAAAUCACAAAACAUUUUGAAUGAAAGUUUAGAAAUUUUAUCAUGUGAAGAUGAAAGCAUUUGUCAACAAAGAAAGCUGGGAAAAUUAUCUUUAAAUCAACUGGAAAAAUUAAUAAAAGAUGUAAAAGAAAAUUGUAAUUAG